AUGGGGAAUUCCCAAACCAAGGAGUCGCGAUCCUCCACACCGCGCCAUCGGAGCCAACAAUGGUCAUCGGGCACUUCCGAUACUCCCGGCCGUGCUCCAUACCAGGGACCUCGGUCGGGCAGAAGCAGUCGGCCUGACUUGUCCCUGCUUGGUAUCGGCAGUAGCAGCCAUGAUCGUGAAGUGGCGACCCUCGAGCAUCGACGAGAGACCAAACAGGAGCGUGAAGCACGUCGCUUGGAGAAGGAGCGCGUGGCUCGUGUCAAAGAAAGGGAACGCAGCAUGAGAGACGAGCAUGUCGAUGGCGGAUAUCUAGUCACACAGGGUGUCUACGUGGGAACCGAGGACUUCAACAAGGCAGUGGUUCGACAGUUGAUGAUUGAGCGCCGACUCGCUCCUUUCUGGAGAGGCUUGAAUGACUUCUCCGAGUCAUGGGCCGAGCAUCAGCUAAUGGCCGCAGCUCGGGGGAUGUCUAUCCCUCUAGCGGAUGAAAUUCCGCCCGAGCUAGAAUAUACACCUCCCAAGGCGGUUGAGAGGAAAGAACCAGUUGAUAUGGCUAGCAUCCAACAUCUCACUGUUCCCAUCACAUCCCGCUCGCAGUCCGACAAUUCCGAUAUAUCCCAAGCUUCGAAUCCCGCCCAAUCGUUACCGUCGGCGGUAUCUCCGAUUGCAUCAGGAACAUCAGCAUCACCUCUCUUCCGCACACGCGCAAAGACUCUAGCAGCUCUCACCACAUCGAAACAUGGCUCGCAGACCGAUCUCACCCCCCGGGAACUACAACUUCCACGAGACCCUUUCGUCAAUGGCCAGCCAAUCGAAGUCAACCUAUACAAGGACGCAAGCGAAUGUCCGAUCUGCUUUUUGUAUUACCCACCUUAUCUAAACCGCACCCGAUGCUGCGACCAACCCAUUUGUUCCGAAUGUUUUGUUCAAAUUAAGCGGCCGGACCCUCAUACCCCGGAGCAUGGAGAGCCUGACUCGAACGCCCCAGACGCAGCCAAUGGCGGCGAAAGAACCGAGCAAGAAGAAGGCCAACUUGUCUCUGAACCCUCUGCCUGCCCCUUCUGUGUCCAGCCUGAAUUUGGAGUGACCUACCCUUCGCCUACAUUCCGGCGAGGUCUGACCUACGUAGCUGACGCCAGUGCCCGCCCUUCUCCCAAUAUCACCUCUCCAGUAUCCUCCACCUCGUCUCUCGCCUCUGCGACCCUUGCGCCAAUACCUGGUCGCCGCCGUGCGACUUCAUUAUCCGCUACGGAUCCCACUGUAGUCACAACGGAUAGAAUCCGUCCAGAUUGGGCCCAGAAGUUGGCCAAUGCUCGAGCACAUGCUGCACCGACUCCCGUGGCCUUGGUCUCAGGGCGAAGGGGUCUUCGAAGAGCUACCCAUGGGGACUCCGGCCGGUCCGGAUCCCCCGCUCUCAAUGCGCUGGCGUUUUUGACUGAGCGGCAAGACCGAACACCUCGAGCUCCCGCCCCCGCCCCCGCCCCCGGCACCGCCCCCGAUACCGAUUCCGCCGAGGAAGGGGCAGGGGCAGGGAAUAUUGCGCCCCCUCGUGACAGCUCAAGGCGCACUCGAAUCGAUGAUCUUGAAGAAAUGAUGAUGAUGGAGGCAAUACGGCUGAGUCUAGCCAGUGAAGAAGAUCGACGGAGAAGGGAUGAGAAGGAGGUGAGGAAGGAAGCCAAAAGGAGGGAGAAGGAGGCCAAGAAGGCUGAUAAGGUGGCUCGCAAGGCCGGCUUAUACAGCAAUAAUACUAGCACCAAUGCCAGCAGCGCGGCAUUGCAAGUCCCCGGAGCUGGAGAGACUUCCUUUGGAAGAGUUGCCAGCAGCUCCUCGUCAAUUGGAGAAGAGCCAUCCACGGCCACGACCGGCAAGGGCAAAGGCGUGGAAAGGGGACCUACCUCGGCAGCUGGCGAGCAAGAUACAACAGCCCCUUCGACCGAUUUAUUAGGCACAGGCGAGCCAUCCAAACAGUCCCAGCUCCGACACGUUUCGAGCGCAGCCUCUUCAGCCUCCUCUCUCAUUGACAAUACUCCAGAAGAGCGGACUCCUGGCCACGACACUGCCGACGGUAGCAACAUGUCUUUGGAGCCCAUGUUCAACUUCCGCAGUCUAGCCGCUGUCAUCGGCGACGAGGAGAAGGGUAAUGAGUCUGAGCAUGUGGAAGAUACUUCUCACCAUCGCGGAGAAGGAGAGGGCUCUUCGAGCGCGAGUCCCUCGUUACACCAACCCUCAUCCGAUACCGGAAAUGUUGAGCCGAUUAAGCCGACGGCUGUUUCAAAUCCUCAUGUCGAAGAUACCGAAAAAGAGGGCUCGAAAGAUAUUUCACCCAAGGAGCUGGAGACCCGCUCGGUUGAAAUUACAAACACACCCACGAACACGGAGACUACUUCAUAA